AUGGCUGCACUCGAGAGCAUCGACGGCCUUUCUGAAGUGAUCGGUCGAGCGAUUCAGGAACACUUGGAGCGUUCUAACAUCAAUGUCGCAUGGCCACAGAUUGACGGUUUGGUCCGGCCUAUCCUCCGUGUAGAGGCGUUUUUGGAGGAUGCAGGCCCAGAAAACGUCUCGAGCCCACGCUCAGAACGAGUGGCAUCGGUAAGUACAUUUAUCUCUCGCAAGCCCAACGGUACCACGCCAAGAUCAGGAGAUGAUGCAGAAUCACGAGAUGAUUCUCCUGGCUCUGAUGCCACUGAAGAGAUUGCAGAUGCUUCUGACUCCCGUCGGAAAGGUACUGGUGGUUUGAGGAUAUCGCAGAAUCAGAGCAUACAGGAAGAUCAUAGCGAGCAUCAGCGGCAGAUGCAAGUCGACACUAGAAACUUUCCGAAGCGGAAGAAGGUAGCGUCUGAGAAGUUUGUCUUUCAACCUUCAACUCUCGACAAGCUGGUCAUCGGUAUUUGGGAGCAGCUCCACGGCUCCAUCAACCUUGAUCCAAAAGCCAUAUUUGAGCAAUUCCAGAUUGUCCCGGCGGGAUCUUCGGAGGUCAUCCAUCAUAGUACCGCAGAUGUGAUGGCCAUGGACAUGCUGAGCACGACAACCGACAGUACACACGACUCAUUCAGUCAAAUGAACUUAUUCUGCCGCAAAGUUACACAGGCAAGCCGCGUAUGCCGAUCCAUCGAGAUGAUAGUGCAGGCUCGGUGGACAGAGCUUUUCGAGGAGCAGAUCCAGUUCCGCUCUGCAGCUGCACCUGAAUUGUCGGCUACCAAACACAGAAAGUCCGUCUUUAUGGAAGCAUGUCAAGACUUUGGAUGGUCCGAGAAAGAGUUGCGAAACAAGAUGGCGAUCUGGCGAGGGUAUAAAGAGGUCAAAGAUGCGGCAGGCUGGGCAGCUCUCGUGUUCGCGGGAAUGGGAAUUUACCGAUUUUGCAAGUACCGGGUCGGGUUUGACAAAGACGCGAUGAGGCGCCUGCGAAAUCUUCGAAAGAGGUUGGAGAUGGCUGCGGAUACUUUGCAUCCACACUGGCGACAGUUGUUGGCGAUUGUGGGCGAGCCCUCGACGCUACAAUAUCCAGGUCAUCCACACGAAUGGGUCGUUUUCGAGGAUGGCACAGAUCCAGUCCCUCUGCGAGAAACAUAUCUGGACCACAAUCGCUAUUUUGCCUUCGAACACAUCGAUGAGUCCAUAAUUGAUGAGUCGGUCUGGGGCUGUGAAGAUCCACGAUGGACGCCACAAACCAAUGCUAUCGCCCGAAUAAAUGGCCAGUAUCUCUGUGCAUCAUGCGGUGAGCAGCAAUCAGACGACUCGAAGACGAACGCCUGCUUUUGCUUUCCAUCGCUGUUUGGCUGUGUGAAGCGUAAACCCCCACCCAUCCAGGUUUUCCGCGCCCCAGAUGGGAAGAACAACGGCCUGCUAGCUUUGACAUCAUUUGAGAGGGGGGCAGCAAUUGGAGAGCUUGUUGGUCUGAUAACGAAAGGCAUGAGCGGUCGUGAUGUGAUGGACAGCUCCACGCCACUUGCCAACUACCAAAUCUGGCAAGAGAGGAUUGGGAAUUACACUCGCUUCGCGAAUCACAGCUGUAAAGCAAACGCACAGUCGUCUACCUUUACAUGGCUGGAUACCCAAAGAGUCAUCAUCGUCAGUAAAGGAAUUGAGGCUGGUACGGAAAUAACGCUCGAUUAUGGCGACAAGUACUGGGCUGGUUUGGACAAAGCGUGUCUUUGUGGCGACUUUCGCCUACUUUUGACUCCUCUGAAAAUUGCACUGCAGACUUCCAGAAUGGCGCGGAGCGACUCUGACUUUAGUUCGGCGGAUGAGGAGAUCCUGGAGCAUCAAGUUGGCUCAAGAAAGAGGAGGAAGCUUUCAUCCAGCACUGAAGACUCGGAUCAUGCCUCUGAAGACCACCAGGCCGCUGCGCCAGUUCCAGCAUUACCAGCGUCAACGAUCUCAAGAAUCAAGACAAAAUCACAGACUGCUCCAAGCAGCGCCAAGGUUACUACGACCUUACAAUCAUCGGCUCUGUCCACAAAAGACAAAUUGAGCUUUGCCUCCAUCGAUGUUGCCCCAUGGCUUGUAGCUUCGUUAGCGUCUAUGGAGAUCAAGAAACCCACCGGUAUCCAAGCGGCUUGCAUUCCCGAAAUUUUGAAAGGACGAGAUUGUAUUGGAGGUAGUCGAACUGGUACGGGUAAAACCGUGGCGUUUUCUGUGCCCAUCAUGCAGAAAUGGGCAGAGGACCCUGUGGGCAUCUUCGGGCUGAUUAUCACACCAACACGAGAGUUGGCAAUCCAAAUCUUUGAGCAGAUCAAGGCCAUUUCAGCACCCCAAUCGAUGAAGCCGAUUUUGGUCACGGGUGGAGCGGACCAGCGAGAACAGGCUCUCAACCUUGCCUCAAGACCGCACAUUGUUGUUGCUACGCCAGGACGUCUUGCAGAGCACAUCAAAAGCUCUGGAGAAGACACAAUCUGUGGUCUGCGUCGUGUCAAAUUCGUCGUUUUCGAUGAGGCCGACCGACUGCUCACACCAGGAAAGGGCAGCAUGCUUCCCGACCUCGAAACUUGCCUUUCCGUUGUACCGCCACCCGCACAACGCCAAACUCUGCUCUUCACCGCAACAGUCACACCAGAAGUACUCGCAUUGAAAGAGCAACCCCGUCCCGGCCGCCCUCCGAUAUUUGUUUGUGAGGUCGACACAGAAGACCUUGCUAUCCCGCCAAAGUUGCAGCAGAGGUACAUCCAAACGCCUGUCACACAUAAAGAAUGCUACCUACAUGUCGCUCUCGAAACACCGGAGAACCUCAAGAAAUCUGUCAUCAUAUUCUGCAAUCGCACUAUGACAGCCACUCUACUAGAACACAUGCUUCGCCUGCUUGGCCACCGGGUGACAGCCUUACACUCUGCUCUCAAGCAGUCUGAUCGUGUCAAUAAUCUCGCCCGCUUCCGUGCGCAGGCUGCACGUAUCCUGGUCGCAACUGAUGUUGCAGCUCGAGGUCUCGAUAUCCCAGAAGUCGCAUUAGUCAUCAACUACGACGUGCCUCGCGACCCAGAUGACUACAUUCAUCGAGUCGGUCGUACGGCUCGUGCUGGACGUGUUGGAACCAGCAUCACUUUGAUCGGACAGCGCGAUGUUGAGUUGAUCCUUGCAAUCGAAAAGCGCGUGGGCAAGAAGAUGGAGGAGUACGAGGAGGAGGGAGUCAGCAUUGAAGGAAGAGUCGUGCGCGAUGCAUUGAAGCCAGUCACCGAGAAGAAGCGUGAAGCUAUGUUGCAGAUUGAGGAAGGUCGCGAUGUUCUAGGCAAAAGAAAGACCGGCAUGCAGAAGCGCAGGGCGAACUAG